ACGUACCCACGUACCACGCACGGUACGCCGCGGUUCUCCGUACACAAGUUCCAAAGUGGUGGCCGGUGUAAUAUUUUUAUUUGUAUUUUGUGCAAGUGAUUUUUGUUUUUUGGUGGUUCUGUGUUUUGACCCGUUCGGAUAAUUGACAUGUUAUUAUGGUUCGUCGGAACGGGGCGACUGCCAGCAACGAUGUCGCGGCGAUAGUGCCAUCGGCCGAACGGGCCGUCAUCCGACGAUCGCGCGCUCUCGAUGACAGCCUUCGUGGCAUGGCAACGACGGGGCACCGCGCCCACGCUCCCACCGGAGGCCCGCUAGAAUGAAACCUAUCACCUUCGAGAACCUGCGGCGUCUCGUCGGCGCCGGCAGGAAGAAGAAGGACAAGGAGUCCUCCUUCAAGCGGAGCGACUCCUUCAAACGGAUCUCGAUCCGGAAGAGCUACCUCGACAGGGGCAAGAAGAAGCACCUGCCCAAACUCGAGGUGGCCACGCAAACCGUAACGGAGGAACUGACCGUUAUCGUUGAGGACACCAAGAGAGAUUUCUCUAGUCAGGUGGAUAAAAUUGAUCUCAGCAGUUCUGUGAGUGAAACUAACAAUGAGCAGUGCGGCGCGAAGGCGAAACCGAGCCCCAAAAGCGGUCCGGGACAAAGUGUAAUAGCCUACGGGCAGUGGCUCAAGGGUAUACGAAAGGAUGACGCGCCAACCCCCAGUGGGAUUAAAGGCUCGGAGCGGACAAUUAUUUACGUGCCUGCCUCCGAUGAAAUACAACCUCCGGCUCCAGUCAUCCGACAACUCUCCUCUUCCCCAGUGUUUAGGAAAAAAACCAAAAACCCGAGUCCAAGUCUGCAACGCAAGGAAAGCAAUGAUUCGGCGGUGGAAAUGUUUCCUUGGGGCGACUCGGUGGAUGUCAAGAAGUCACCGUUGAUCAGACGUAGGUCAAGACAGUCACCAUCUCUGAUGCCUGAUUCGGGUACGGAAGAGAUGUGUUCCUUAUCGAUUAGCUUGGGUCGCAUUUGGAUGGAUGCUCCACAAGUCAUGGCGCCUAGAAGUUUGGAAAUGCCUAGACCUUCUAGCUCCGCCGCCCCUGUACACCAUUCGUUGGAUAGCGCUUUGAAAGAUCUAAGAGAUGAUCCGAUUGUCUUGAACAGACUGCAAAAGAGGCCUACGCCUCCGGUUGCUAGGACUUUGUCAUCAACUAGCAACAACACUACGUCAACCGGUUUGUUUUCGAGCAAGGAUUCAGGAUUUUCUUUCUCGAUAUCAGCUCCAAAACUCAGCGACUUCCACUCAAAUUUCGAGCCGUCCACUUCCAAAGGUUUCUUCAGGAAAAAGCGGCCUAAGCCAAAACUUUCCGUUAGCAGAGACGGUUACUUUAAGCGCACAAGUGGUGCCUUAGUAGAAACAAAACGUAGUUCAGUGCGAAGACGAAGCAGCAGGAAGAAAAAGGGUAAAGGCGCCAAAACUAAGAAAGGCAGGAACAAUAACAGCACCGUCAGAAGCGAUUUAUACCAGGUGGUGGUGAGUCGCCCUGCCAGGUCUAUGCGGUCCUUAAAACUAGAUCCCAUGAUAUUCGUGCCGCCUGAGAAACGAAAGACGGCCAUCACCAAGAAACAGUCGUUCAAAACGGGCAUGAGGGAGAUCCGCAACUUCAACCCCUUCGACAGUUCCAUGUAUUCGGCCAGCGUGAACGAAAGCGCCGACGAGGGACUGUACGAGAGCCUCCCCGGCGACUUCGACUACUUUUCGGACGAGCAGCCGCUCAGCGGCCGCAUGUCGCGGAUCAGUCUCAGGGACGACGACUACGACCUGCCGUCGAACGCGUUCCCGUGCCCCUCCGAAGGUUCGAUCAGCACGGCGAGCAGCGACGGCGACGGCGACAACGACGACGACGGCAGCUCGAAGUGCGUGUCGCCAUACGUGCCGCAGGGCGUGUCGCCCGUUCCCCGGAGGCGGCCGGUGCGCCGGAAGAAGUCCGGACUUUCGCAUAAGCGCAGCAUAACUUACGUCGUCAAGCCGACCGUUAUGAGGGCGCCGUCCACCCUCAGGAGGCCUACGAAAAAGUUAGGCGACAUAACUCAAAAAGGAUAUGAAAAGAAGAGGACUCGACUUUUAUCUCCCUAUGUGCCUAAACUAAAUACAACCUGCGGCGGUGGCGGCAAUGACGCGGGCAACGGAAACGACGUGCCCGGCGUCGGCGGCGGUAACAGCGGCGGCAAACAGCAGCACACCAGGAGACGCACCCAGCGUCGCGUCACCCACAACGAGAAACGUUACCAUUCAGAAGUCCGACAAGAGGCAGUCCAACAAGCCCUCGCUCAAGCAAUGACAAGACACAAACCGUCGAUGCCGAUGCCGUCCAAACGAACAUCCGUUAUGGCCAGAAGCCCGGACCGAGAUCGACACGACUCCGAAUCUUCCUCGGAUGAAGACAGCAUAGUGAACGAGGAGACGGUCGAAAGUACACCAGAAAGAGAAAAGGUGAAGGACAGGAGCACACCGCAAAUGUUCCCGCCGCCACCACUGUCCGACACUAGCAGCACGGGCUCGCCGCCCCCGUUACAUCACAGGCCCCGGCUGCCGCAACCCAACAACUGGGACCACAGGAUCACCGACAUCACCGAGGUCAUGCAAAACUUCAGACCAUAUUCACAACCACCGGACGUCACAAAUAACACCGCACAAGGCGGCAGAAGGGCGGCUGCAGACAGGGUUAACAGAUACACGUCAUCUGCCUCCGAGGAUGGAACAAUGGGCACCGGUACUGGAAGGUGGAAGGUGUCAGCGAAAAUUCAACAACUACUUAAUACUUUAAAAAGGCCUAAGCGACGACCCUUGCCCGAGUUCUACGAAGACGAUGACAUUGAACUAGAAAUCGCCGCUAAUCCUAAGGAUCCCAACGCCCCAAAACCAGAAGGUGCAUGCAUGAGCCCUGCGGUUGGAGAGCAACUAGUUGUGCCAUCAGGACUUCCCAGAAGUCUAGAGGCCGCAAUAACAAGGUACGGUAACGGUACCUAUAAAGCACCGGUCGCGACAGUACUCGACCCGAACGGCAAACUCACAACCACCCUCACAUACGGCAAACUAUUGAGCAGAUCACACAAAAUAGCCUACGCAUUACUGACAAAACAGUUCAGCAAGAACGGAGACACUAGCCUCAAGUCGGGCGACAGAGUCGCCCUGGUUUAUCCAAAUAACGAUCCGAUAAACUUCUUGUGUGCGUUCUACGGUUGCCUGCACGCCGGAAUUGUGCCCGUGCCGAUCGAGGUGCCGAUCACCAGAAGGGACGCGGGUUCUCUACAAAUCGGCUUCUUGUUGGGCAGCUGUGCAGUACAAGUCGCCUUGACUUCCGAAGCCUGCUUGAAGGGAUUACCCAAGACCACUUCCGGCGAAGUAAUCCAGUUCAAGGGAUGGCCGAGACUGACGUGGUUCGUUACUGAACACCAGGGCAAAACACCCAAAGACUGGACACCGACACCGCGAUUGACGGACGAAACGCCGGCUUACAUUGAAUACAGUACUGAUAGAGAUGGAUCUGUGAUGGGCGUGACAAUAACCAGGGCUGCCAUGGUGCAGCACUGCAGGAUGCUAUCGAUGUCCUGCAGUUACACGGAAGGAGAGAACAUGGUGUGCGUUUUAGAUUUUAAGCGAGAAGUAGGACUGUGGCAUUCAGUAUUAACUAGUGUUUUAAAUGGCAUGCACGUCAUAUACAUACCUUAUGCUUUAAUGAAGGUAAAUCCUGCCAGUUGGAUGCAAAUGAUCACCAAGUACAGGGCUUGCGUGGCCGUUGUUAAAUCAAGGGAUUUGCACUGGGGUUUAUUGGCCACAAAAGAUCACAAAGAUAUUAAUUUGUCGUCACUGAGAAUGUUGCUAGUCGCUGAUGGUGCUAACCCUUGGUCGCUCAGUUCGUGCGACCAAUUCUUAUCAGUAUUUCAACCCAAAGGACUGAGAGCCGACGCCAUUUGUCCCUGUGCCAGCUCCAGCGAGGUACUCACUGUUUCUGUUCGAAGACCUGGCCGAGCCGGAGUGAACUCCACCGGUAGAGGUGUUUUGUCUAUGCAAGGUUUAAGUUAUGGAGUUGUACGAGUGGACCAAGAGAAUAGUUUAACAUCACUGACGUUACAAGACUGUGGCCAGGUUAUGCCAGGCUGUGUUAUAGUUGUAGUACGACUAGAAGGACCAUCUUAUUUGUGUAAAACCGACGAGGUUGGAGAAAUCUGCGUGAACUCAGGUGCAACCGGUACUCAGUACUGGGGACUGCAGGGUCUAAGUAAUACCACCUUUAAAGUACAACCGUUGGGAAGCGAUGCGAAACCAAUAUCCGAUGCGGAGUAUACGAGAUCAGGACUGUUAGGUUUCUUAGGUCCUGGAGGGUUGGUCUUUGUUUGUGGGUCAAGGGACGGCCUGAUGACUGUAACCGGCAGGAAACAUAAUGCUGACGACAUAAUAGCCACAGUUUUAGCUGUGGAACCAAUGAAAUUUAUUUAUAGAGGACGAAUUGCCGUAUUCAGUCAUAGAGUGUUAAGGGACGAAAGGAUUUGCGUAAUUGCCGAGCAACGACCCGAUUGUAGUGAAGAAGAAUCAUUCCAAUGGAUGUCGCGGGUUUUACAAGCCGUCGAUUCCAUCCAUCAAGUGGGUAUAUAUUGCUUGGCUCUCGUGCCUCCAAAUUACCUCCCUAAAACACCUCUUGGAGGUAUACAUUUGACGGAAACUAAGAGACGCUUCUUGGAAGGCACACUACACCCUGCUAAUGUUUUAAUGUGUCCUCACACAUGUGUGACCAACUUACCCAAACCAAGAGAAGUCCAUUCAGCAACCGACUGUGUUUCAGACGUGGGGCCCGCGUCUGUUAUCGUUGGCAAUCUAGUCCAAGGUAACAGACUCGCCAGUGCUCAAGGCAGAGAAAUCGGCGGAUUCCUGGAUGAAGAUGAUUCAUCCAAAAAGCAGCAACAAUUUAUUUCGGAGAUCCUUCGAUGGAGGGCCCAAGGCACUUCCGACCACGUGCUCUUCACACUGCUGAACAGCAAGGGAACGGCCGCCAAAGUACUGACGUGCCUUGAACUCCACAAGAAGGCGGAACGGAUAGCCAACCUCCUGACCGAGAAGGGUAAAGUGAAACCGGGAGAUCACGUCGCCCUUAUCUUCCCACCGGGUCUUGAUUUGAUAUGCGCAUUCUACGGCAGCCUCUACGUCGGAGCUGUGCCAGUUACUAUAAGACCACCACAUCCCCAGAACCUACAAACCACCUUGCCGACCGUACGAAUGAUCGUCGACGUCUCAAAGUCCGUGCUGGUGCUCUCGACUCAGGCUGUGAUGAAACUGAUACGUUCGAAAGAGGCCAGCCACAUCGGCCUGUCAAAACCUUGGCCGAACAUCUUAGAUACCGACGACAUUCCGAAGAAGAAACAACCAGCGACUUAUAGAGCCCCAACCGCUGAGAUGCUCGCGUACUUGGACUUCAGUGUGUCGACGACCGGCAUGUUGGCUGGCAUUAAAAUGUCGCAUGCCGCCGUCACGAACCUUUGCAAAAGCAUGAAAUUAGCUUGCGAGUUGUAUCCCAGCAGACACAUCGCUCUCUGUUUAGAUCCUUACUGCGGACUAGGUUUCGCACUCUGGUGCCUUAGCAGUAUCUACUCCGGUCACCACUCGAUCCUAAUCCCGCCGUCGGAGGUGGAGGUGAACCCGGCGCUAUGGCUGACUGCAGUCAGUCAAUACAAAGUGCGGGACACGUUCUGUUCAUACGGCGUGAUGGAAUUGUGCACGAAAGGCUUAGGAUCGUCCGUCAACCAGUUGAAAUCACGUAACGUGAACUUGGCAUGCGUCAGGACGUGCGUUAUCGUAGCAGAAGAACGGCCUAGAAUUAAUCUCACGUCCAGUUUCUCCAAGUUGUUCAGCGCUCUCGGUCUCAGUCCGAGGGCUGUGUCCACGUCGUUUGGAUGUAGAGUGAACGUGGCGAUUUGCUUGCAAGGUGCUUCCAGUCCAGAACCAUCCACAGUUUACGUGGAUCUAAGGGCGUUGCGCAACGACAGAGUAAGUUUGGUGGAGAGGGGCAGCCCGCACAGUCUCUGCUUGAUGGAGAGCGGGAAACUUCUGCCCGGUGUUAAAGUUAUCAUCGCCAAUCCAGAGACGAAGGGACAAUGUGGGGAUUCCCACUUAGGCGAGAUCUGGGUGCAGAGUGGUCACAACGCUAGUGGUUAUUUCACGAUUUACGGCGACGAGAGCGAAUACGGUGACCAUUUUAAUGCCAAACUGGUCACUGGUAAUACAGGGGAAGUAUAUGCAAGGACGGGAUAUUUAGGAUUCUUGAGAAGGACUGAAGGCACUGAAAGAAACUGCGUAUCCGAAGAUACUAUUAUAAGCAGAGAAAGUGACAACGAAUCUGUCGGUUCAUCACAUCAUUUGGUACCUACCGAUUCCCCCGAGUUACACGAUGCCGUUUUCGUUGUUGGUGCUUUGGAUGAGACGAUAAUGCUUAGAGGAAUGAGGUACCACCCAAUCGACAUCGAAAACAGUGUACUCAGAUGUCACAAAAAGAUAGCUGAAUGUGCUGUAUUUACUUGGACAAACCUAUUAGUGGUGGUGGUAGAAUUGGACGGAAACGAAAGCGAGGCGCUGGAUCUAGUACCCUUAGUAACAAACACAGUUUUAGAAGAACAUCAUUUAAUAGUUGGUGUAGUUGUUGUAGUCGAUCCUGGAGUUGUGCCCAUAAAUUCUAGGGGCGAGAAGCAACGCAUGCAUCUACGGGAUGGAUUUUUAGCUGACCAAUUGGACCCCAUUUAUGUUGCUUACAAUAUGUAAACCUGUUGUUAAUUAGUAGAUUUUAUUAACGUUUUUAUUAUACGACUUUUGUAUCAAAAAAAAUUGAUGAUUGAAUUGAUUUGUUGUAAGCAUAUCUGCCAUGAAUUCGUGAUUUUUUUAGUUAAGGAAUUUAGAUUAAAAUUUAGUUAUACAUCAUAGAGUAAUAUAUUAAAAUUUUUAUAAAAAUUUCGGCUCAACUGUCUUAACGUCUGAACAUUUUCAUACGGAAUAGUGAUAAUGUGUAGAUGUAAAUUAUGUAAGCCUGCAUGGCUCUAAUGUAUAGUUAUGUAACUUUUGAAUUUUCAUUGUACAGUUCUAUUUCACAAUAUUUUGCUUUUAUUUUGUGCAAUGUUACUUUUGUGAUUUAAUGCGCGACAUUUCUUUAAAUUAUUUCAAGUGAGUGUGUCAAGUCAAAGCGCACAUUAUUUUCUUUCAGUUUAAUUUUUCAAAGAACAGACGGUUUUUAUUUUUGACGCACAUUAAUUUUGCAAGUACAAAUUAAAUUUCAAAUACAUCACUUUUAAUCUAAGAAUCACAGAUCAUCUUUGGACUUGAUACACGAAACAUCUUAAAUGUAGCUGUGCACUGAAGUGUUUACUUUCAAAUAUUUUACUCUCUAAAAUCAAAAUAUAAGCCUCCAUUUAAAAGUGUUUAGUUUUGAACAAUUACUAAAAAUAGUACUAAUAAUAAUAUUCAUCCUAUUUAAUAUAAGAAUAUAGUACUCUAGUCUCAUAAACCCUAUUGGCUGCUCUAUUUUAUUUAGUCUGUUUUAUUUAAGCACCUGGUUGUGUAUGCCCCUAUACCUAUUUUUAUACUUUUGAUUUUAUUAGCUUUAUAUAUACAUUUUUUUGUUUAAUCGAAGCUUUUAAUUAUAUGGGCAAUUUCCAAUGCUCAAUUAGUAUUUAUGUAUGUAUGCUUUCUUUGCACAAAGCUCUGUUGCAAGAAGCAGAGUGUGACAAUAGUUAAUUUUAUGUACAUAUUAAUGUAGUGUCUUACAGAUAUUGAUUGUGUAUUUCGUUUUACGUUUUAGUUAUAGUUAAACAAAAUACAAAAAUUCUACGUAAAUUGUGGACACAGUUGCAAAUAAUUAUUAAAUGUAUCUUUGUAAA